GACAACUUUUAGUCGAUAUCUUGCUCACGUCGUGGUUAGACUGUAGUGACGCGCCACCCAGUAACGUUUGUGAAUUGUGCGGAGGCGGUGUCAGUACUCGUGGCACCGAUAACGAGUUGGAAAAUUGUAAAUUAUGGUAGAGUUUGUAUAUAUUUAAAAUAGCAAGAAAAGAACUGGUGAUGAUGAUGGAUAGCUACAAGGCUUGAUCAAAAUAGAGACUUGUUAUAGUAGAAUUGUUUUUAAAUUUUACUAUCAAAUAAGUGUGAGGUAUACAUCUAGAAUGGCCGAUCGAUAAUAUUACUACCGUAGCAAUAUAAUAGAUGUAGAUACCGAGUAAAUUCUCGAGUGAUAACAUUUUGAUACUAGUCGGUAUUUGAGUCCAUAUAUUGUAUGAGUAAUUAGUGAGCAGCAGGUAUAAAACAAUUAGAGAUAAUUUAUUUGUUAAAACAGUCGUAAUUAACUGAGAUUAAAUAACAAUCAAUAUCUGUGUUGAAAUACGAAACGACGAUUACUGGGUAAACAAAGUUAUUCAUAGUUAAGCACAAACCAAACAUACCGAACAAGUGAUAAGAGGUUCAUUGGAAGUUUCAAAAUAUUCAUUCAAUAUAUGAUAGAACGUGAAAGCAAUUUUUAGGUUUUAUAUAAUAAGAAUAACAAGUAUCACUUGAAUUAACGUAAAUGAUAAACGACAGGAAGAUAAUAAACAUAAAAAAGUUGUUCUAAAUGCAGAAAAAUCGUGACUAAUCACAAAAUGAACUCAAAGUUAAGUUGUAAAAAAGUCAAAUAAUAGUGAAAGAAUAUAGUUGACGCAGUUAUUUUUUAUAUUGUGUUAGGUAACUCAAGGUUUUAUGUAAAUAGAUGUACAUUAAAUUUGACAAUUGUUAUAAAUGAUUAUACUUCUUAUAUAUCAUUAAGUUAGCAGUUGUGUACAUAAAAUAAAAUAAGAAAUAAUCUGAUAAAAUACACUAGUUUAAAUGACGAUGGACUCAGUGGCUGUAACUGUGCCUCUUCGGCCACCAACGAAAAAGAUGAAAAAACGUAAAGAACUUGAUGCUUUAGCAUCUUCACACGUUAUUUCUCGACGAGUAUCUGGCAAACGGAGCUCCCAGGAAUUGCUAACAGACAGCAGUGAUGAACGCUCUGAGUAUUGGAAUGUAUCAGUUCGAGGCAAUCGUAAAGGAAGAACCCGAAGAAAUCGCACGUGCCCUGGUUUAUUAAAAGCUUGUAGUGCAUUUUUUGGCUGUGCAUCAGUGCUUGCCACAGCAAGUCUUAUUUGGCUUUUCAUAGAUGUACGUCAACAGUUGACUGCUCUUAGGACAGAAGUCGACCAAGCAAUUGCUGGCAGUGAAGGAGUUCCAGAUGCUUUACAAAAGUGCCAUUCUCUUUCUAAAGACCUACAAAAUAAUCAAACUGUUCUAUUUACACAAUUAUCUGGUGUUAAAGCUCAAAUAUCCAAUUUUACAGUUCAGUUAUCAAAUAUUCAACAAGGUCUCCAUAAAAUCCAAGAAUUAUUAGAUGGAGCACCGGAAUUAACUAACGUUCCAAAAAAUCUCAAUGCUCUUGGCAAUAGUGUAGCUACAUUUGGUAGUAAAAUUCAGGAUUUAGAAAUAACAGUGGGUAAUUUAAAAGAGACUGAAUCUAAAGUGCAAGAUAUUCAACGAAAUCUUCAACAAAAUAUUACUAAUAUUGGGCAUAGAGUUGAGGAAUUAUCCAAAGUCACAGAACAUUCUGCAAUGCCAACGAAUGAAUCCAAGAUCCAAGCUGAACAGUUAAGUCAUACAGUAUCGCAAAUAAAAACUAAUCUAUCUCAUAUCAACGAAACAUUUACAAGAAGUCUACAAUGGAUUCAAGAAGAUCAAAAGAAAGAUCAUCGGAUGUUGGAAUCACUUCAGGAUAUGAGUCAAAAUGCAAGCAUGAAAAUAAUGUCUUUAGAAGCAGAAUGUACUAAAGAGUCUGAACACAAAAGUAUUCUCACCAUGAUCGACAAAAUAAAUAAUGAGAUUAAUACUGCUAAAACACUAGAUGGUGAUUUAACUGAUAAAAUACAACAACUAGAGCAAGCAUUUAAUCGUUUAAAAAAUUCAACAGACAUGAUGCUUUAUUCUUCUCAAAAUAUGAAAAAUAACGAGCAGAAUCUAGUAUCUAAAACAAGUGAACAGCCACAAAUCACAUUACCCGUGAAUAUAUCACAAGAAAAAGUUAUUCCAUAACUUACAACGCACUCGUUGAGAGAUGCAAGAUUAUUAAAGCAUUGGCAGAAAUGCAAUAUGAGUCAUACUGAUUCAGAACUUGUUAAUUCUUUAAAUCCUGUGUAAAGAUUAAUUUUUUUUUUUGGAAGUGAUUAGAUAUAAUAAUUUAUAAAUUGAUGUUUCGAUAAAAAUCAUUAGCCCAAUACUUUCUAAUGAGUUUUUUGGUCCAUGUAUAAGUUAUGAGAAGUAAUGAAAAAAAAAAAAAACAACUCUCUAUCCUUUCAUAAUAUUUAUAAGAAUGUAAAAAAUUUCAACAGAGAAGUAUUACAAUAUUUUUUGUGUCAAUUGUACAUAUUACUGAAUACUUAAAUAUUUCUGAUUUUACUUUACGCACCAAUAUUUCCAGUAUUCAGGAGUAGCUUUUAAUAAAUAUACAAGUUAUGUGAAGAAAUAUAUAGAUAAUUUAAGGUUCGUAAUUAAUGAAUGAUUAAGAGAAAUAAAAAAUUUAUAAAAUAAGUAUAAAUA